AUGCAUCGGCAAGCAGGCAUGGCUUGGCAUGCGCAACUUGCGCUGGUGCUGACCCUGAUCAGCCUGGUCACCGCGCAGUGGUGCUCCGGCAAGUCGGACGACUGCUCCUCCAACCCAAUCCCGCUGCGACGCUUCAACGAGCUCAACUUCCACCCCAAAACGUGCGACCUUAAGUGGAAGAGCAAAUGCGUCACCAGAGACAAGCACGGCGGUCUGCAGCAGAAGCCACCACCUUACUCGCUGUGCAAUUCGUUGCGCCAGCCGGCCGGGCUCAUUCCCAUCGACGCCUACACGCUGGCGGUACAGAGGAACACCUUUGCCGAGCACGCGGCCGACAUCACGCUACACGGACUUUGGCCUGGGUCGUCUGGCGGCACCGGUGCCAAGAACCAACCCUACGGCUGCCUGAAUGGCGAGGAGUUUGACGAGACGAUCCUCACGACCUUUGCUGGCCUGCUUAAUUACUUCUGGCCGACCAAUUCAAAGUUCAAGAACACCAUGCAAUGCUUCAUCAUGUCCGAGUGGAUGAAGCAUGGCACUUGCGCAGUCAUCCCUGGCGCUGACGGUUCGGCGUUCCGGAUGCCGCAGGAGGCCUACUUCCGCACAGCAUUUGUGAUGGUCAACGAGAUCAACGAAAAUGCCGUGCUACGUGAUCGCCUGCAGAUUAGAAAGGAGGACGAGCCGCUUGUUAGCACCGGCUGCGUGCAGUGCGCGUAUCUGGCAACCGUAGGCUGGACAGGCACCGACAGAGAGAGCAUGCCGCGCAUGUCGAGUGACUGUAUCGACCAGUGCUUUGCGUGUGGUGACUCCUGGGACACAUGCCCGCCGGCGCAGCUGAACAGCACCGUUCAGCUUGACCCCAACAACGCACCGCAGCAGGAGGAGGUUGACAGCGUGAACAGCGAAAGCAUCGGAAACGGAAGUUUCCUGAUGCUAAAUUUGGACUUUGCUAUGCCGGCCCUUACGAGCAGCGACAAUAUCUCCCCCUGGGAGGGCACCUGGCGCUCAUUUGGCGCUGAGCAGCUCGGGUCCGGCAAGUUCGAGUUCGCGCAGAGCUUCACCGACAUCGACAACCAGAACGUCAUGACCGUUACCACAGACAGUCCAUACCCCCAGACGUGCACCUACGAACGGCGCGGCGCCGGCGAGCUGGUCCUGCGAUGCGGCAGCGGCGCAAAGGCCCACGUGGAGGACUGCUUAGUGUCACGGCUGCCAGAUAUUGGCGAGCUCGAGGUGGCAUUUCUGGCAUGCAACCACACUGGAGAGCCGGCGCCGGCCAGCUUCUAUGCCGCCAUGGAUACGCCCGAGUGCGGCAACUUUCUCAUGUUCCGCUGUAAGACGUCAGCGGCAGGAUGUUCCUUUUCUCCGGACGGCAUCUCGGCGGCUGCCACCAAGCCCAAGGAGGAGACCAAGACCAACAUCGAGCCCGAGGCUGCCUCUAAGCCCAUCAGCCCUGUUAGCCACUCUGAACAUGGCAUUGCCGGGGCACUUCCCGCGCUGCUGGGAUCGUGGCGCACACUGCAGGUAUCCAGCCACUAUCAAGAAGGCCUCGCGCAAUGGAACUUCACUGCCGACGGUCAAGCGUCCUUACAGUGGCCCAACUAUCCCUUCCGCGGCGUGCAGCACUAUUCAGUCUCGCAUUCGGAUGAGGAUCCCAGCGUAGUGCUCCUUGCCAGCGCCAACGGUGAUAUCACCACAUGUCGCUUCCAGUUCCAGUUCCAGCCGGUGUACUCAUAUGCCGUGCUAGACUGCGGGGCGCCGAAUCAGCCGGCAGCAUUCGUAAACAACAAGAAGAAUAUGCCAAGCUUGAAUACGCAAUGGGCUAUGGGCCGGUGCAAUCCGUGCAAUGCCCACUGCCGCUACUCGUGCGGCCCUCAGAAUGACUUCUGCGGCGCCGUCUCGUGCGACCCGGCCGAGUCGAUACAUGCAGAAACAGCAUCAUCCGCCGGUGCCCUAUCCUCUUCGCCGCGUCUUGAAACACUGAAUGGCGGACUUCGCCACGACUGGUGCACGCCUCAAGACUCUAGCUGCUGGCCCACCAAGACAGCCAUCCGUAAGUUAGAGCAGGCGCUGGACCCCACCGUGCCCCGGCUCGGCGUCCGGUGGAGCAAAUACCCGCAGCCGCAGCCAGCGCCGGUCCCAACGGGAUCCAUCAACGAACAGUCCUUCUACGGCCUAGGUGAUGCACCUGAGGGUCUCAAGGCGCUGUACUACUACGAGGACGUUGCCGAGAUGCAGCGCCCGUGCUUCGUUCUGGAAGCUGGCGCUUCCGUGUGGAACACGGCGUCUGACAUGUGCAAGGCGGCGCUGCACCAGAACGAGUAUCGCAACUGGAAUCCCUUCAUUGUCGUCUUUCCGCUCAACGAGCGUCAUAUUGCCGCCGCUCUCACGUUUGCCGCGCAGCACCGUCUGUGUAUCGCCACUGCUGGUACUGGUCACGAGUACAACAGCCGCAACUCAUGCCCAACUGGCGGCAUCCUGGUCCGCACAAUCUUGCUCAAGGAUAAGUCCUUUUUGCCGACCUGGGACGAGGACAAGGCCCUGGCCCCUGCCGGUGCAUUCCGCUUCGGCGCCGGCUCCAUCUUUGCCGAGAUGCACGCCUUCUCGGCCAAACAUAACCGCGUCGUGGCUUCGGGCUGGUGCUCCACGGUUGGUAUGGUCGGCUUCCAUCUCGGCGGCGGCCAUGGGCCCUUUGCGCCAUCUAUGGGUCUAGGUGUUGAUAACCUGCUCGAAAUUGAGGUUCUGCAAGUUGGCCACGAUGCAAACGGCCAGACCGUAGUGCACAAGAAGAUUGCCAGUCGUCAUCACAACCCGCAGCUCUUCUGGGCCAUGCGCGGUGGCGGCGGCGGUGUCUGGGGCGUCAUUCUCUCCAUGACGAUCCGCGCCCACGUCGUUCCGGAUGGAGGCCUCAGCCGCGUCUUCAUGAACCAGAGUGGCACUUUUUGCCAGGACUCGCGCGACUUUGGCUACCAGUGGCUGCGCGACAUGUGGACUCGCUUCACUGCAUGGCAGCUGAGACUCAAUUCCAAGGUCAGCACGCAGCCUGCCUUCUUUAUCGACCCCAGCCAGUACAAGGCGACCGGAGACCUCUGCUCGGUCACCUGGACGUUCAACUUUGAGUACUUUUACGCCGGCGGUCAGACAGAUCAGGACUACAUCCUAUUCCGCGACAGCCUCGUAGACGUGCUUCAGACCAAACCCGAGGCCACGCAGGAAAACAAUUUCAAGUCGGCGUAUGAAUACCUUCUGACCAUGCCCCCCAACAAGUUCCUCCUCUCCGUGAUGAACCCAUUGCCGGCACCGCACCCGCCCUCCGACGCGGCCACAGGGUCCCAGAAUUCCGUCCUUGUCUCGCGACGAGCCAUGGAGACAGAGUUCGCCUCGACUAUGAUGAAUGUGCUGGAUAUUUGCGUCAAGACUCUGGAGCAAAAUGACAAGACGUCGCCAGAUUCAGACGGUUAUCGCUGCGGAUUCCACUACCUCUACACGUCGCUGACGGGCAACCUCGGAAGCCCGCAGCCGGGCGGCACGGCCAUCUCGCCGGGCUUCCGCUCGGCGCUCAUGUUGUGGAACGCGCGCACCCUGACGACGCAGCAGUCUGACAACACUUUGUACAAACUCGGUCCCAACAGCUAUUUCUCCGAGAGCUCGUAUGUGAUGCAUAACUGGACGGCGAGGUACUGGGGCCAAAAGACGUACGAGCAGUUACUGGCUGUGAAGAAGGCGCACGACCCAGGCAAUUUGUUCUGGUGCCAUCAUUGCAUCGGAGAUAAUCCGGAUGAUGCAUAUGGCGAACUUAUGGGUGCAGCGGCGGACGAGAAAACAUUUGGUGCUGCUGCGACUGAUUUUGUUGAAAAGGACGAGUUGUAG